AUGGCAGAUCUAACCUUAAGAAAUAAAUCGGCUGAGAUUUUGAGCAGACCAAACAAUCCAGAACUUGAGAUGGAUUUCAGAGCAACUUGCUCAGCGCCUUUAUACAUUCCUAGUCUUUAUGAACCGCCACUAAUGCAAUUUUGCCAAAAUUAUCUUAAUGCUUAUCAACAAGGAACAUCUCUUUAUAAUAUUAGAGGAGAUAGCAAAAGAAAUAGUUUGAUUAUUUAUAACACUGAAACUGAAACCCAGCAAGUAAACAUUUUGCAGACUCCACAACAACUAGACUCAUGUUCUUGCAUAACUCAACUUCCCAAUGGCAAGCUAUUCUGUUUUGGUAAUUGAUUACUUUCUGGAACUUUUUAUUUUUGUGAAAAUUGAUGGAUAUCCGCUAGAUAA